AUGAGACUAAGCGAAUUAUUCACCACUAUCAUUGGACUAGCAUCGGCAGUUCAAGGUGCACCGGAUCAGCUACAAAUCAUUCCGCAAAACGAAGUUUCAUGUAGAACGCCAUCACAGAACGGAGAUGUGAUUGCCGUCCAUUACACGGGGAAGCUCGAAGACGGCACUAUAUUUGACUCGUCCUUGCCACGGAACAAGCCGAUCCAGUUCACCCUGGGUGUUGGACAAGUCAUCAAGGCCUGGGACGAGGGGCUCUUGGAGAUGUGUAUUGGGGAGAAGAGAAGACUCAUUAUCCCCUCCGAGCUGGCGUAUGGUAAAAGAGGUGCCGGCGGUGUCAUUCCGCCCAACGCCACCUUGGUAUUUGACACUGAGCUUGUCUCCAUCAAUGGUGCCAAAGAGGAAAAGGACGAGUUAUAA